AUCUAGAAGUUUCUUCUGGACUUUGUCAAGCUACAAGUUGUCCCCCCAUACCACAUCUACAUAUCUUGAGGGAGAGAGUUAGGUUAGGUUCUGGAAUUCUAUUCUGGAAGAAAUCGAAAUGCAGGAGGAGAGCCUAGCCGAUGGCUGUCAGGGAUGCCAGAGGCUCAUGGACUCUAACGAGAAAACGGCGGCGAUCAUUUUGCGGGCAUGGCACAACAGGGGCUUUGAGAUCUGCAAGCUCCUGAAGACGAAGGAGCAUUACAAGCAAAAAGCAAUGGAGAGCUCGAAUAAUUUGCAUAUGUACCAAGUCAUGAUUGAGGUGGCAGAGAACCGGAACAACGAGUUACAAUUGCAGGUAAUGGAGUCCAAGAUGAGAACCCUCCAGGUCCACUCGUCCAUGCUCAGCUUGACCGCCGACAGGGAACAGCUGCAGCACGAAGUGGACUUACGCAAGAAAGAGAAUGAAGAACUAAAAGCUGUGGCCGAACAGAGAAAAACAAAGACCUCUGCCGCCCUGAUGGAACAGCGUAAGGUCCUGGAUCGAAUAUCCCGGACUGAGGUGGCCGUAUUUCAACUAAAGCUUAAAAAUUCUGACCUCGUCAAUGCGGCUAGAAUGCUCAGAAGUUCGGAUAGAAGCAACCAAUUAAGGGAGCAACGAUUAAAUAAGGAGUUGCAGCUAAAAUCUGAGAUGAUAAUUAUCAUGCAGAAUGAAAUAGAUUUACUUAAGGAGAGAGCUGAGGAAUGGAAUGACAAAGAGCUAAAGGAGAACGAACAACAAAUGCAUCCAUUGAUAGACCAACUGCAGGACCUCUCCAGGGAUCACAGUUCUCUCAAUGCACAGAAAGCACAGGAUUGCAAUGGCACGAGCUCCGUUUUUCAGACACUCUGGCCGACAAGCUUGUCGAGAAAUCCCCAGCCAACAAUACAAAAGGCCUUUCCAUUCUUCCUUAAACUGAAGUAAGUUUCACGGAGUUUCUAACAGUUUGAAAAAUGUUUCUAAAAGCGUGUAAAAAAAUUAUUUAAAAUU